AUGGGCGCCAGCAUGUCAUGGCUGUCAGGCAUGCUCUUCUCGAAGAAGGAGAUUAGAAUAUUGAUCCUGGGCUUGGAUAACGCUGGCAAAACGACACUGCUGUACAGACUGAAGGUUGGCGAGGUCGUCACCACCAUUCCGACGAUAGGCUUCAACGUCGAGUCCGUCACAUACAAGAACCUAAAUUUCAACGUCUGGGAUCUCGGCGGACAAACAUCCAUCCGCCCAUACUGGCGCUGCUACUACGCCAACACGGCAGCCGUCAUCUUCGUCGUCGACUCGACCGAUAUCGAGCGUCUGCAGACGGCCGCCGACGAACUGGGCGCCAUGCUUAACGAGGAUGAGCUCAAGGACGCGGCGCUGCUCGUCUUCGCCAACAAGCAGGACCAGCCGGGAGCCAAGGGGGCGGGGGACAUCUCCGAGGCGCUGCGUCUCGGCGAGCUGCGCGACCGCAACUGGACCAUAAUGGCGUGCUCUGCCGUUGACGGCAGCGGUGUCAACGAAGGCAUGGACUGGCUUGUGCAAACCGUCAACCAGGAAGCCUAA